GGGUCGAAGACUGGAAAAGAAGGAGAGAAAGAAAAAAAGGGAGAAGUGGAGGACAGAAAACAGAAGGGAAAGAAGAGUGAAGAAACAAGAAGAGAGAGAAAGAAAAAAAGAAAGAAAACAGAAAAAACAAGAAACAAUAAAACAAGAAAGAAGACAAAUGCAGAAGCGGACGCAAAU